AUGAACCCAACUGACCCCGCCGCAUACAAAGACGCAAUAUUCUUUUCGGGUCAUAAAUUCGUUGGGGGUCCUGGAUCGCCCGGUGUCUUAGUAGUCAAGAUGAAAUGGUUGAAAAAUGAGGUGCCCACAAUACCUGGUGGUGGCACUGUGCUGUUUGUGACAGAGAAGGCUCAUACUUACCUUGCUAAUAAAGUAGAGCGGGAAGAAGGUGGUACUCCCGAUAUUCUAGGAAGCAUCCGUCUUGGACUUGCUUUCGAAUUGAAGCAACGAGUUGGUCCUAAAAACAUCGCAGACCUCGAGCACCAACAUGUGCAUCACGUGCGUGAGGUACUUGGGAGAAAUGCAAAUAUAAUAUUGCUUGGUUACGACAAUCAGGACCAGUUGCCAGUUUUCUCCUUCCUCGUUCGCUUUGGAAGCCGGUUCUUGCAUCACAACUUUAUAUGUGCUCUGCUAAACGACUUAUUUGGUAUACAAGCCCGCGGCGGCUGUCAGUGUGCUGGACCCUUUGGAGCUCGCUUGCUUGGUCUCAGCCGAGAACAUAUAAUUGCUCUUGGCUACGCAGUCGUUGCUCAAGACGUGAUUCUCAAGCCAGGUGUGACUCGCUUAAGCUUUCCGUAUUUUAUCGACAAAGAGGAAAUUGGGUACAUUCUAAAAGCUGUGAGCUUUGUGGCUGACCAUGGCUGGAAGCUCUUGCCCCAAUACAAGUACAAUCAGCAGAACGGAGCUUGGUGUCAUGUUUCGCCGGCAUUGAUUCCUUUUUCGGCCAAAAAGUUUCUCACGAGCAUGCAGCUUGACGAUGUAGAUACGGUGCGACAGUCAGUGUGUGCUUCUCCUAUAUGUAAUCUUGCUGCACAUCGUACCAAGAAUCUAAAACAAGCAGCCAUUUUGGCGGAUGCCUGUAUCAAGAAGGCUGCGUCGGCUGACAAUAUUCUGGAAGACCAGAAGGUGAUGCAAGCCCACGAGUGGUUACGAUGGUUUGUGUACCCACACGAGGCAGUUCUUGCGUAUAAAGAGAAUGGUAAGAAACCAGCACUUACUGCGAUAAUUGAGGGUCCGUGCCAGCCACAAAACUAUUUAGACGGCUCGGUUAAUGGAGUGUGGGACGGCACUUCAUCUAUAUCUGAGAUGAAGAAGAGUUUGUUUGGACGAAUUGCCCUCAAAGUUUUCAUGCAAGCAGAAUUGAAAGCAAUGAAAGACAAGGAGGUAGCCGAUGCUGAAAAUGUUGUACUGAAGGACGAUGUGGCUAUACACGCUGCCGUUUGUAGCUAA